AUGUUGCAGGAUAUUGCAGUGGCAGCUGUAACUACCAUCAGUCAGCUGCUGAAUGCCAGUGGGGGGACUACACAGGAGAGAGACGCUGUCCAAAACCUCACAGAGACCCUGGAGGAGUUUUCCCUGGACCAGCACAGUGUUGUGUCCUUGGUGGUUCAGCCCAACCUGGUAGUCCAGUCUGUCCAAGUACCAAGUGACACAGUAGGGAUCCAGUUUACUGCUCUGACUGGAAGUUCUGGUAAUUUUGUGGCCAACAGAAUUAAUCUCAACACUAAUACCUCUGAACUGAUAGCUGACAACGGCGUUUCUACCGAUGUCCAGAUUGUUAUCAAAUUCCCACCAGUUUUGCUUAGUAAAAACACAAACCGCUCCAUUGGUUUUGUGCUCUACCAAAACGACCGGUUCUUCAGGUCCAGGACUUACACAGCUUCUUCUGGAACCAGCAGAAGGGUCAUCUCUGCUAACCUGGGACAAGUGUCUGGGUUGCAUGUUGAGAUGCUCUUCAAGCCUACAGCUGUCCCCAACUCCUCCCUCUAUGACUUUGCCUGCGUGUGGUGGAACUACACGUUGAAAGACUGGAGCACCUCUGGCUGCUCCAAAGUCAACCACUCAGAAGACGGCCUGCGAUGUUUCUGUAAUCACACCACUAACUUCGCUGUGCUUAUGUCAUUCAGGAGGGAUUUUAAAUACGCUGAAGUUCUAAACUGGAUCACCACAUUGGGAUGCUCCAUGUCCAUCAUAGGGUUGAGUUUAACAAUAACAUUCCAGAUCGCAACCCGGUAA